GACGGACAUUGGCCUGAUUUCUGCUGAGAAUGAAUAUAUUUUCUUUGGUUUUUGGAAUGACCGCUGGCUGAAGCCACACGCGGCUCCAUUGGAUGGUUGCUGCUCCUGUAGAUGAUCCAACUUCCUCAAGAGAAGCUACUUCCUCACAGAAACUAGAUGACGUGAGAAGCCCAUCUUGGCUCUGACGGUGGUCCGCUCUCUCUUCCUACAGAGUCUCUGAAAGAGUUGGUGGCCACGUGUGGCGGGAACGUGGAGGAUCCGACAGAGGGAAUGAAGAUGAUGGAUGCUUUGACGCCCCCACCCUCAGAUGCCGGUUCCCCUUCGCACAGCAGCCCCCUCUCCUUUGGUGGCGUCAGUGGAACCGAUUCGGAGCCAGACAGCCCUUCAUGCGAGGAGGCCAAGGUGAAACCUGAAUAUCAAGCUCCUCCAGCGGGCAGCUUGGGAAUGCUGGACAGAUCCCGCAUGGCUCUCUGCACGUUCGUCUUCCUCUGUCUCUCCUUCAACCCGCUUUCUUCCCUACUUGGAGGCGUCGGCCUUGGAGGUUCUUCAGAGGGCUUCAGCCACGAUGGUUCCAAGCGCAGCAUCCUGGCCAUGGACGAGUCAGAAAGUGAGUGGACAACACCUGUCCCGAGCCUGCAUGACGGGGACCAUUGAGAAGGCUUCAUUUUUAUGUCCAUCCAUCCAUCCAUCCA